UCUUUCUCCCUCCCCCCGGAAACUGCACUUUUUAUUUUGUAAUGUAUUUUGGGGGAUAAUUUUCUUCCUUUGCGAUGAUUGCAAAUCGUGUUUUGUGUUGUGACUGCAGCUCCUGAGUAAGCAGCCUGAUUCUGGAAAAUUGGUUCCUCUCCUGGGCAUCUUCCUCCUCGAUCCACACAGAUAGCUUCUGAGACUGUGAGUGUCCUGCCGGGGCAUUGCUACCAGCCUGAAGGUGGAAGAGCCGCCAGGCCUCAAAAUGGUGGGAGGUUCAGAGGGAGCUGGGGAAAACCCUCACGUCGUUCAGACUGGGAGCCUUGGGAAAUUUCCUAAAAGGACAUCAUCCCAGCAAAAGGUUAAACAGGAACCAGGAGAAGGGAUUCUUCAGUGUUGGGAAGCCCAGUGGCAACAGUUUCUGAAGGAAGUGGAGUCUCCUCACUCGGGGUGGGGGAUCCUACAGUUGCCAGAGGAGCCCAUGCCGUGGGAUGACACAAAGGCCUUCCUGGCCUCCUUUGAGCAAGUGGCUGAAGCCUGCCGGUGGCCCAAAGAGGAGUGGGUGGCCCGACUCCUGCCAGCCCUCAGUGGACAGGCCAAAUGGGCUUUUAGUAGCCUGGAAGCCAGAGACAAAGAAGAUUAUGGGAAGGUGAAGGCAGCCAUCUUGCGCAAGGAUGCCAUCAGCCGGGAGAAGCAGCGGCAACACUUCCGGCGCUUCUGCUACCAGGAGGCCGACGGUCCGCGAGGGGCCUACAGCCGGCUCCAGGAGCUUUGCCAUCGCUGGCUGAAGGUGGAGAGGCACUCCAAAGAGCAGAUCCUGGAGCUGCUGAUCCUGGAGCAGUUCCUGACCAUCUUGCCGUCAGAGAUCCAGAGCUGGGUCGGGGAAUGUGGCCCGGAUAGCUGUUCCCAAGCAGUAGCCCUGGCUGAAGAUUUUCUACGGAGACAGCAGGAAACGGAGAGAUGGGGACAACAGAAGGAGCUACUACCAAGCGAGGGCGUAGCUGUUGGUUUCCCAGGAACAGAGCAGACUUCGUUGUAUCCAGGCCACAUUCAGACAAACAGAGAAGCAAAGGAGGAGAGCGAUUGUGGCAUCAGCCUGCUGGGUAUUGAUUACAGGCAAGUGAAUGAGCAUGACGGUAGAAGUAAUCUACAGGCAAGACCUGAGCAAGUAGAACCACACUGGGCUUCCCAAAGGAGACACAUUGAGAGCAGUUCCCAGAGUUGUGAGCAGGGCAAAGUCGCUCAGAAUCAGCAUAGACCAAAGAUUCAGCAAGGAAACCACCUCAGGAACAGGUUGGUGGUCUCUGUUUCUUCUGUGUCAAACAGGAAGAUCCUCAGUGAAACCCCACUGAUCCAGACUCAAAAGACAAGCAGUGUGUCUGGGGAGGGCUUCAGACAAGAUUCAGGUGAAAAUGCCCACGUUCAGGAAAGACCCUACCACAAAUGUUCUAUCUGUGGGAAAACCUUUGGUCAGAGUUCGCAUCUUAUUUUUCACCAGAGGACCCACGAUGUGGAGAAGCCAUACAAGUGUACGCAGUGUGGGAGUAGUUUUCACUCGCGCCAAGGUCUUAUUUAUCAUCAACGAAGCCAUGCUGGAGAGAAGCCGUACAAAUGCUCGUUCUGCGGGAAAACCUUCAGCCAGAGUUCGCACCUCCUUGUGCACAAGAGGAGCCACACGGGAGAGAAGCCGUUCAAGUGCCCUGCUUGCGGAAAGUGCUUCAGCCGCAAUUCGCUCCUCACGAUACACGAAAGGACCCAUACGGGGGAGAAGCCUUACAAGUGCUCACAGUGCGGCAGCCGGUUCCAUUCAGGUUCCGGCCUUAUUAAUCAUAAGAGAAUCCACGCGGGAGUGAAACCAUACAAAUGCGCCGAAUGCGGGAGGGAUUUCAUCCGCAAAGCACACCUCACAAGGCAUCAGAGCGUACACAGUGAAGACAAGAGCGGCACCUGAUCUGACCUUUUUUUUAAUGAGGGGUGGGAAGCUUUUUUUGAGAGCUCACUGCUCAUAAGACAGAAGAGAAUCAAGUGUCUUGCUAACCUAUGCAGUUCACAUGAGCUUGGGAAGGGGGAUGUAAAGAAACAUUUUGUACCAAUAGUUCAGUCUUGGUGGUGUACUGGGGAUGGGGGGGGGGAAAUGCAGUCUCUUGCAGACAAUCCUGCACAGAUUCUUAACCCUAGGAAUUUUUAACUAGCUUGCGGUGAAGCUAGUAUGGGAGUUUUGGGGACAGUGGGCACAUUUGGAAUUUUGAGAAAGUGCUGUGGACACCACUCACAAAAUGGCUGUUGUGGGGUGUAAAUGACUGUCGCAUCUAAAAGAGCAGGACCAUAACAUGAUGUAGGCCAUGCCCCUCUCCCAACGAACUCCUCCAGCAAUGGGAAAAAGCCCCUAACAUUGGCCACCACCACUUGCUCACAGAGCGAGAAGCUC